AUGCUUGGUAAACCCCUUUGGUUCGAUCAAUCUACUAGGUUAGGCAGGAGAAUGGGAUUUCCUAAGGUUUGUGUGGAGAUGUCUAUUGAUUCCCCUUUCCCAGAUUCUAUCAAGUUGGUACCAGACAGAAAAACAGCUUUCUUAGUGGCCCUUGAGUACUGCAAUCGUCCUCUGGGAUGUCAGAAGUGUAGGAUUUUUGGUCAUCAGUGUGCUGAACCUCAAGGGGUAGAGGCAAAUGGCUCUGAUUUGGUACAGAAUGCUGAACCAGUGACUGAAGGGGCUAGAGCAAUGAGUGAAGGGGGUGCUGGACAGCUGAUCUUGGAUACUAUACUUGCUUCCAGGGGAUCUGCACAGGCAUCUGCGGAAUCUGCUUGUCAUAAUUUGAACGUUGCUGUUGCCAAUUUGGUGAAAUCUAUUGAGCAGGGAGUUCUCUCAGAAUGGAGAAAUGCAGAAUCUGUGUUACCUUCGGAUAAGGAGUUCCACUCAGCAAUAGAAGGACAGUCUGAUGCAAGGGCCUCUACACCUGUGGCAAAUAGGUUUCAAAGCUUAGUUGAUAAUAAUGUAGCAGAUAAAGCAGGACAAGUGGUUGAUGGUAGUCCAGUUCUGAGUAAUCUAGAGGAUUUUCCUGUACUGGAGGCAGGGGUAUUGGACAAAGGUAAGCAGGGUAAGAAGGGGCAAGGGCGCCCUGCUAAACCCAAGAAUAAGAAAUGA